GAGAAUGGUUUGGAGAAAGCAUGCCUCCCGAAAGCAUUUGGGAGUAAAACAUUUUAUCGCAUUAAUUUACUUUAGGCAAUUUCUAGCAUCGUCAUUCCUGGUGUUGUAAUUUGUGAAAGGAGAUUAGACAUUUUUUAUUCUUUUAGCAGGAUUUAAUAGUAUAAAUUACAUCCAAGUUACAUGAAUUUGUAUGCGGGGAAGAUAGGAGAGACGUAACUUCAUACGAAGUGAUCUGUCCACUCUAGAAUGUUUGUUCUGUGGCCCAUAAGAACUAUUAAUUAACUUGUGAUGAUGCGAUGUUGAUGAAAUGUCCCAAAUAUUAAAUUAAUCCAGAUUUUUUGAAAAAACACGACUGGUCAAAGAAGCACGAGGGUUAAGGUGAUGAUCAGUCUGUCACGCUGAGGGUGGGGCGCGACACCCCGACGCCGCCCAGCGCGUCUCUGCCGCUCUCUAUAUGUGGCUGAAGAGGCGCAAAUGUUGCAGACUCAGAUGUUACGGCACUAAACACAGUGUCAUACACAUUUUAACACAGUGUCACGGUACGGCUACUGGGAAAGGGCGGUGACUGGGCUUGAGAGGCGUGGCUGUCAGUAAAUCCCUGUGCUCCUGGCACACUGCGCCCUUUUUAUCCUCUCCAGUAAAGCGUGCUGGCCGAUCGCCAGGGCCGGGAAGAGGCAUUCGUAUUUGCAGUCGUGUGAACGCACCGGGCCGACCUCGAUUUCGGGACUUCGGAGGGGGGUUGAAACACGUGGCAGCGAGUCUCCGGGCUGGAUGCGGAUCGGCGGCAGAGUCCCGUGUGAACACCCAGACCCUGCGCUACUCCACUGCGUUGUGGUACGGACAAUCAGCCUCACCUUUUUAUAGAUCUCCGACUUCAGCUGCUGUUAAGGUCCGAGGGGGACGCUGACAACGAGCCUGAAUAUAAUUUCUGCACUGAACAAAGGAAGACAGGAGAGGAGAACCGUCUGCUGCUUCGGUUUAAAUUAAACGGCAAAAAAAAGAUGAAGACAAAAGUGGUUCUAGUGCUUUGCACGGUGGUGCUUCUGACAUACGGGUUUCACUUUGAAGGGACCACAGCGCCACAACCCACCGUGAGGCUGAAUCAGAACUUCAGCCUUUCGAACAGCAGCGCUGCCGGUGAAGACCUCCCACCCUCCGACAGUGCUAUCAGGAAUAACAGCGCCCCCAGUGGUGAGGUUCCAGUGUCUGGUGGUGCUGUCAGUAAUGACAGUGACUCCGGUGAUGCUGGCUUCCUUGCUUCAGGCAGUCACAUCGGUAAUAACAGCGCCCCUAGUGGUGGUGGGGUUCCAGUGUCCAGUGGUCCUUUCAGUAAUGACAGUGACUCCAGUGGUGCUGGCCUCCCUGCCCCAAAUGGUGCCAUCAGUAAUAACAGCGCCCCCUGUGGUGAUAGCCCUUCUGCCUCCAGCGGUCCCAUCAUGAAUGACAGUGACAGCAGCAGUACCAGUAGGUCUCCUAUAAGUGCCCCGAACAGCACCCUGCAGUACAAUGUGACCCACACUGCGACCUCCGCCUCUCACUCUUCAGUGCUCCCCUCCUCUACACCAACAAACACCUCCCUCGCUAGGGGGGUCCACCCAACAGUGGGCCCGCUCCUUGUCUCCACACACCUGAGCAGUGCUGCCCCCACUAACACGACAGGCCCCCACCCCGCCUCGGCUCCUCAGCCCACCCCGAGGUCCAGCGAGCCCCCCCCCGGUCUCUCCACCAAAACCCAGCUACCUCAGGACAAACUCUCGCAGCUCAACAGGAUGGAUGUCGGGGAGGACCCGCAUGGCUCGGAGCCACGCUUGGACCCGCUGCUGGCCGGCCUGGUGUCUGUGUUCAUCCUGACGGCAGCCGUCAUCACGCUACUCCUGUUCCUGAAAUUCCGACGGAGGAAUAACCAGCCGGAAUUCCGCCGGCUGCAGGAUCUACCCAUGGACGACAUGAUGGAGGAUGCGCCCCUCUCCAUGUACAGCUACUGAGAAUGGCCCCACCCCUCAGCAAGCUCAUUCCUACUCGCUGUUCCUCGCCAGUUCCCUGCUAAAGUGCUACUCCAUCUCCGCUACCUGUUCACCCCAGCAGGGUACCAGAGGCUGCCCUCGCCCCCUGGGGAAGUUUGUAGACUGAAUUAAGAGCCUUAUUUCAGUUUGAUUGUAAUUCUUGGAUUUCUACAUGCUGGGCCUGUGGGCUGCUCCCCCCCCCGCCAAAGAUGAGGUUGACAGGAAGUCACUGAUGGACAUGAACAGUGGAUUUUGGGUCAUAGCUGGUUCUGUUGUCUUUUUUCUGUCUCUGGAGAAUAUUCUGCACUACUGGUCCCUUCCCUGAUAUGAAUGGAAGAUGGCACCAUCAGAUAUCAUGCUCUUAUGGUACCAGGCUCUUCCCGUAGGCCUCUGAGUAUUGCACAGUGCUUUCGUGCUGCUUUCGUGCUGCCAAAGCUGGUGACUUUGAUCGACGGCAGUGAUGCUCUUUCGGUUAUGACUCCCGCCUCUCCCUGGGCUGAUUCUCAGCUGGUUAGUGAUUGUGAGACAUCAGACACGGCAUAUUUUCCAGGCUGGCUGUUCAGAUAUGUUUUCAGGUGUCUGCAACUUUCGGCUGGUGCUGUCGACUGUUUGUGUGGUUUAGUGCAAAUGGGUGAAAGUCCCAUCACACUGUUUCAGUGCCUUAGCAAUUGGCUUGCUGGAUAGAUAAGAGGUUGUGUUUUGAGUCAAAUGUUUCAUUUGCAUAUGUGUGAUGGAGACACUGGUUUCUUUAAUUGUUCUUCAACCAAACUGUGUGUUUGUAUGAACAUGGCUUCUGUCAAGGUUGCUUUCUGCUGUUGGUGUUUGGUGACUUCUUAAUGUUGUCCUUGGGGAAAGUAGAGUUGUUUGAGUGCUUCCCCAGCUGUAUCUAGCAUUUCUUCAUGUGAUGUUAGUAUAGCGUUUUUAGUUUUUAAAAGGGGAUUUUUACAGAAUCCUCUCCCAGCUUGAGUGUGUUAACAAUCUAACAUUGUGUUCCUUGACCAAAUCUUGACUUCUUUAGGCCCGGAUGGGAUGGUGAUGUGAUGAUCACAUCUCCCAUCCCAGGCAGGAAUACCUAAACAGAUCCUCGUUCCUUGACUUUCAACCCAUCAGCCACUUUGCUAUGGAAGUAAUUAGUUUCUCUUAGCUGAUGCAGCUACCCAAAGCUCUCUAAAAAACCAAAACGUGUCUGUUCCCCAAGGGAAGCCAAUAUAACAUCUCAGCAUUUUCCCGAUGCCUCGUUGUUUGCCUGUAGUUCCUCCCGUCAAGUUUAAAGGAGAGUAAUGCAUGAAAUGGACCAUAAUUACCAGUUAAAUGUAAAAGCAAGCCUCUGUUUCCUAAUGUGAUCCAUCUCUCUGUUGGGAACAGCUUGAAGGCUCCUGGGUUCUCAGUAUCCAGGUCAACAUGGUGAGCCGGUCGUCCUUCAAAACCGUGUGCUGUGUGGUUGUUAAAUUAAGAACAGUUUUGGUUAGAAGUGAAAUGACGGUUUGCUCAACAUUGAGUGGUGAGACCUCCUUUGAAGGCCACUAGACAAAAGCCAUAUGCUCUGUUCAGGUAUGGAGAGAAGUUACAGAAAUCCUGCUGCUUUAUCUAUAUGUGUUUCUGCAGCAAUAAAGAUUCAUUUCAUGCAUAGAAGCUAGGGAUCAUGGACAACCAAAAUGUAAAUAUGUCAUGCACCAAAACUGGUUCCGUUCUGUUACGGUUCCUGCAAUGUGCCUAAAGUGUGAGUGUGUUCUGAGUGUAUUUUGUUUUUUAAUAAAACAUUUUAAAGCCAA